AUGCGUGAGGAGAAGGACCUGUUUCUUCUUGAACUUGAUCCUAGUCAAGCCAUUCUGGAGGCAGCACUACCCCCAACGCCACUCAUCCUCUCAUGUGGCAGUCCGUACGAAUCUUCGGCGUUCUUUCUGGCAGCGGACCAGAGGGUUAUGACCAACAACCUGCCUGAUUUUAGGACGGCACUUGCUACACUCCUUGGCGUGUAUUUUGUAUUCAACAUUGAGUACCCUUCACAGCUGGAAUGUAGUCUGGAGUUCAUGCAAAGAUGUUUCCUGGGCAUCAACUCGCCUGUACAAUACAGAGAAAAGCGGAAGAGAAGCAACAUGGGUGGAGCAACAGCAAGGGUGCUCUCCUUGUUUACAAAACUGAAGGACUUUGAAGCGAAAAAAUGGGUUCUUACCUAGGUUCUAUUUCUGUUCAGCAUAGUGAACGAGUGCAGGAAAGCACAGAUGAACAGCAACAAAUUAUGGGCGACAGAAUGUAUUUGCUGCUACACUCUUAAAACGGUCAUAAGCGUUACCUCUUCAUACCUAUUUACGAGUGACAGUUUGUUUACAGGUUACAUCGAGCGCAUUGUGAUCAUGUGACUCUUGCGGUUGAUUACUACGCUGCCUGUAACCUGUGAUCACGAGAGAGUUUCUUCUAAACUCGUUACCAAUUCCUAUGUAACCUAUGUA